AUGAUUGGAUUCAGUUUAACAGACAAGCAAAAGACUUUGCGUGAGGGGUCUGCCAAGAUCGGCAAAGAAAUUCUCUCGCCUGCGAGAGCAAUAUAUUCUCAGUACAGCGACCAAGAAUCCCGAUUCCAAGCCACUCUACCAUUUUACCAACAGCUUGUGAAAGCAGGCUUUGUAAAAGCCCAGGUUCCAACAGCACUCGGUGGAAGCAAUGAAUCGUUCAUAGAUGGAGCUAUUGUUGCCGAAGAGCUCUAUGCGGUUGAUUCGAGCAUCAUGCUUCAUGUGCUUGGCACUGGGCUUGGGUUGAUGCCUCUUAUUCUGGGCGGCACACCAGAGCAGCACAAGAAGUAUCUUGCUCCUUUCCUCACUUGCGAUGGCAAUCCACUUGCGAGUUUAACUCAUUCAGAACCAGGCGGCACUGCCAACUGGCUUGAAAAGGGUGGCAAGGGACUGGAAACUACUGUGAGAAAAGAAGGCGAUUACUAUGUUGUAAAUGGAGACAAGCUGUGGACUACUAAUAGCGCUGGUUGGGAUGGAAAGGGCGCUGCUCUCUCAUGUCUCUGUUGUCGGUAUUCUGAGGAUGGCGGACCUCAGGAUCCCCAGGAUGAUCCUGCGUCGAAUAUCAUUGUUCUUCUGGUUACACCAGAUACGGUAGCCCAGAACGAACCUGGAGCAUAUCAAAAGAUUGAAGAGCCAAAUCUUAUGGGCCACAUCGCCGCUUCUGGCCCACGGACUAGGUAUACCAACUUCAAGGUCCCGGUUACAGACGUAUUGGCACCGGGGAAUGGCGCGUCAGUUAUCGAGCGGGCAUUUAGCAUGUCUGCUGCACUGGCAGGUGCCAUGUCCGUUGGGAUAAUGCGCGCAGCCUUUGAAGCAGCUCUGAAAUUUGCUCGAGAAGAUAGCCGCAGAGGCACUGUGCCUGUUAUAGAAAGACAAAGCGCAGCUGAUUUGUUGAUCAACGCCAAGCUCAAGAUUGAUACAUCCCGCAUUCUCGUCUGGAAGGCCCUUGAUGGGGUAGAGAAAGGAACUGGAGAUGACAGGAGCCGAUAUGAAGCCUGCUUGCAGGCCAAGAUCUACUGUAGUGACCAGGCCGUGGCUGCUGUUUGGGACACAAUGCAGUUGGUGGGAAUAACAUCUUACCGCACCGAUACGGAAUUUCCCAGAUUGUUGAACGAUGCUGCAGUGUUCUCACUCUUUGAUGGAGGUAAUAUUGGAGUUCGGCGGAGACAGCUUCAGCGGCUGAUGCAGGAUGAGGACUAUCAGCCAUGGGCAAGUUUGUGGUGA